AUGUCGGCCUGCAAUUGCUCCAGCGCCGCGGCGGUCAAGCAGACCAUCAUCUUCUGGCAGCCCGCCCAGCUUCGCCCCUCCAUCAACCGUCGAAAGGUUGGAGGGGCCGUCUCUGUCCUGGAUCUGUCGUUUGCCGAUACCGACUGGAAUUUUCUAUCUAUCGAUGACGCCACGCCGUAUCCCGCCUUUGACGGUGUCGAUCCCUUUGGGAACGAUAUGGGAUACGGCAUGGCAUCUACCUUUGCUUCUCUUUCGGACUCGGGAUCGAGUGAACUCAAUCCUGUUCCUUCCAUUCAUGUUGCCAGCUCGGUGAAUUCACAAGACAUGUACUCCCAUGCCUCUCCUGUGUCUCAACUCCACGCAUCUGUCACAACGUCUCUUUCUAGCCCUACUACAUCACAGGGUGAUGAUGUCCUAGGCCGUGUAGAUUCUUCUCGCGUUGAAAAGCGGAGAUUGAACACUCUUGCGGCCCGGAGAUGUCGUCAGAGACGCUUGGAUCGGGUGAAGAGUCUUGAGGACGAGCUGGAAGCUAUGCGGAAGGAACGAGAUGAGUUGAGACUUCGGUGUUCGAAGCUAGAAGGGGAGACGGAGGCUUUGAAGGGGCUUUUGACUCGGAAGAGCAACUGA